AAUGACCUUUAUUCUGGUUUGCAUACUUUCUUUCUCUUAUUGCCUAUACGAAUUGACUGCGCUCUGAGUUGAGUGAGAUCUCCAUCAUGGGAAAAGACGAGCCAGGAACCUACCGCUAUAACGAAACGCCAACUUACACCACCUCCAAUGGCUGCCCGGUAUUCGACCCCGAAUCAGCACAGCGCAUUGGCAAGAAUGGUCCCCUUCUCUUGCAAGACUUUCACCUAAUCGACCUCCUCGCCCACUUUGACCGGGAGCGUAUCCCCGAGAGAGUUGUGCAUGCCAAGGGUGCUGGUGCUUACGGUGAAUUCGAGGUCACUGACGACAUUAGCGAUAUUACUACAAUUGACAUGCUCAGAGGCAUCGGCAAAAAGACAAAACUGGUAACCCGCUUCUCGACUGUCGGUGGUGAAAAGGGUUCUGCCGAUAGUGCUCGUGACCCUCGUGGCUUUUCAGUCAAAUUCUACACUGAGCAAGGAAACUGGGACUGGGUAUUCAACAACACGCCCGUCUUCUUCCUCCGUGAUCCGUCAAAGUUUCCUAUUUUCAUUCAUACGCAAAAGAGGAAUCCGCAGACAAACCUCAAAGAUGCGACUAUGUUCUGGGAUUACCUUUCCACGCACCAGGAGUCUGCACAUCAGGUUAUGCAUUUGUUCAGUGAUCGUGGAACGCCCUAUUCGUAUCGACACAUGAAUGGAUACUCGGGUCACACGUUCAAAUGGAUCAAGUCCGAUGGAACAUUCAACUACGUCCAAAUCCACUGCAAAACCGAUCAGGGAAACAAAACCCUAACCAACGAAGAAGCCGGUGAACUCUCAAACACGAAUCCCGACUGGCACACACAGGAUUUAUUCCAGGCUAUUGAGCGAGGUGAAUACCCCUCAUGGACUUGUUACGUGCAGGUCCUGAGUCCAGAACAAGCCGAGAAAUUCCGCUGGAACAUCUUUGAUUUAACCAAAGUCUGGCCUCAAAGCGAGGUCCCUCUCCGCCGUUUCGGUCGUUUCACGCUUAACAAGAAUCCGCAAAACUACUUUGCGGAGAUUGAGCAAGCGGCUUUUGCGCCCUCGCAUUUGGUGCCUGGUGUUGAGCCGUCGGCUGAUCCGGUGCUUCAGGCUCGUUUGUUCUCGUACCCGGAUACGCAUCGACACCGUUUGGGGGUCAAUUAUCAGCAGAUACCGGUCAACUGUCCCCUGCACGCUUUUAACCCGUAUCAACGUGACGGUGCUAUGGCUGUGAAUGGUAAUUACGGCGCUAACCCGGCCUAUCCCUCGAGUUUCAGGCCACUGAAAUUCGAGCCCGUCAAGGCUAGUCAGGAACAUGAGAAAUGGGUCGGAGCAGUAACAUCUCAACAGAUCCCCGUUACAGAUGAGGAUUUUGUGCAGGCAAAUGCUCUGUGGCAUGUACUUGGCCGUACGCCGGGUCAACAGGAGAACUUUGUGAAGAAUGUGUCUGGUCAUUUGUGUAAUGCGAAUGAGAGGGUGCGGAAACAGACUUAUGGGUUCUUCUCGAGGAUUAAUGCUACCCUCGGAGAGAAGAUUAAGAAGGCUACGGAGAAGAAUGUGACGAAGGAGCACGCUCGUCUGUAG